AUGACUGUCCCUACGAAGCUUUCUCCAUUCUCUCGAUUCGUUAUACAUGGACAUGACUUGACAACUGGAUUUGGCCAACUCUUUAUGACCAUUGGUGUGCAGUCCUACGCUAUCUUACCUUGUGCCAGUUUGUACAACGCGGGAAUACUUCCUCGUUUGGAAGUUUUAACCACCAUAAACCUACUUUUCAUUUUGGCUGCUCUGUUCUUUAGUAGCUUAAUGUUCGCUUUGCUUCUGUUUGUUCAUCGUAUGUUCGCUGUUUCGAUGAGGUGGUCGGAAAGAACGAAGAGCAUCCUUUUGAAAAUCUUUUUUCUCCAAUGGUUUCUGCAGAUCAUAGGUAUGGCUGUCGUUGGUCUCACAUUGAAAGAUGCUGGCGAAAGAGGUCGAACUGAAUGUAUAAAGAUAAUUGACGAAUAUCCCAUAGAGAUGGAUACCUUGCAUGGAGUCAACUUCAUACCUACGGAGAGCAUCGAGUUCAUAAUCAUUGUAGUUUAUGGUUUUGUGAUUGUUGCCUUGUACAUGAAUCAGGGAAAGUCGACGCAGUCUGCUCAGUUCCUAGCCAAUCAGCGUAGAAUCUCUGUCGGCAUCAUCUACUUCGGAGCUGUCGAGUUAUGCGGGGUGGCUGUUCCUCUUGGGAUACUUGGCAUGUGUGCCCUUCUCCAUAUCGGCAACCAUGUUGUGGCUCAUUGUUCAUUAACUUUACUGACCUUUUAUCCGAUUGCUGGUCCUUACUAUGUGUUGAUGUCCAACGUCGACUACAGCAAGAGGGUGAACGAGAUAAUCAAGAACGUCCGCUACAAGCUCCGUUUUCCCCGUUCCAAUCACAAGGUGACUUCAGUUCUUAGUUCUGGAGCCGGGACUUCAAAGGGCUCGAGUACAUGUAUCGCCCAAACGUCAUGA